CAAAAGUAACUAAACCUAACACCCAUAUUUGGGCAAGAACCUUGUUGUGCCCAACAAUCCUGUUUUGAUAUAACUGAGCGUUACUUGAUUCCUUCACUGAGUUACCCCAGUGUUUAGGAUUGGAUUUGGAGGGGUGAUCAAAUGUACGGAGGUGGUGAUACUGAAUCAGAGCGGACUGCUUUCAGAAAGGCAGAGAAAAUUUACAAGCUUUAUUACCAAAGUAACACCAAAAAGAAAAAGCAACCAAGAGCUGUGGAUUUGACUCAAGUUUUGGACUUCAAGUCCAUUGUUCAAUUAUUCAAUGCAAAUGGUCAAGUUCCUCCAGGGGUUUCAUUAGCAGCUGCCCCCCAAUUUGAUCGUCCGGUUUUUUGCUUAGAAAAACACCCCGGGUUUUACUUCAUACCACAAGCAUUGAGCGUUGCGGAACAGUGUCACUGGAUAAGGGAAAGUCUAACUAGCUUUCCUCAACCACCUAAUAGAACAAAUCACAAUGCAGUUUAUGGUUCAAUACAUGACUUGUUCAUUGCAGCUAAAGAAAGGAAGGUCUUAGUUGAAAACCAGAACUGCCUAAAAGGUUUGCUCCCUGAUAACAAUUCAUUAGCAACUGAUCUAGCUUAUAGAUGGGAAUUGUCUGAAGAACCAAGUGUGACAUCAAGAGAAAGUACUAUCAAGUCAAUAUCAGCAUCUACUUUGCUGCGGAAGUUACGGUGGAGUACUCUUGGACUGCAGUUUGAUUGGUCCAAGCGGAGUUACAAUGUUGAUCUUCCUCAUAACAAGAUCCCUGAUUUACUUUCUGAACUGGCUAAAAAGAUGGCAGCUCCUUCUAUGUCAUUGGGAGAAGAAUUUCAGCCUGAAGCUGCAAUAGUUAAUUACUUUGGAGCAGGGGACAUGCUGGGUGGCCACCUCGAUGACAUGGAGGCAGAUUGGAGCAAACCUAUUGUAAGCAUGAGCUUAGGAUGCAAAGCGAUUUUCCUUCUUGGAGGAAAGUCUAGAGAGGAUGAGCCUAUAGCCAUGUUUCUACGAAGUGGUGAUAUUGUUCUUAUGGCCGGAGAAGUUAGAGAGUGCUUUCAUGGCAUCCCACGAAUCUUUACAGAUAAAGAAAAUGCUGAAAUUACAUCUUUGGAGCAACAUCUGUCAAAUGAAGAGGAUCUUUGCUAUCUGGAAUACAUUAACAGGUCUAGAAUUAAUAUUAAUAUUAGGCAAGUGUUUUGAGUAUUUAUGUUUUUGGAUGGACUUAUAAAAUAUAGAAGGGUCAAGGAAAAGCACACAUGUAAUGAAGUUAACCAAGUGGGAUUUUAGGUUUCAAAUGUCUCAAGGCCGAGGUUGUACUAUUAUUACUAUCAUGAAAUCGACAAGAUGGUGUUGCACUUGUA